GCUCGCGGCGGUAGAGGGGACGCAGAAAAACAAAUCGGGACGACUCGAGGACGCUGAGGCAGACCAGGCCCGCCCCGGGACAGCCCCGACCGCUUUCCAGCACCAGUUCUCUGGGGCCGGCUCCCAAGUCCCUCUCGCACCCUUCAAAUCGCGCUCCGCGGCUGGAUUCUCGUGAUAGCUGAGACUUGUCCCGGAAGGCCCGCCCCCUUCGCCGGAGAGGCCAAUGGGCGAGGGCAACGGUUGAGACGGUUGGGUUUUGAAGGAGCCAAUGGGCGCUCGGAGCGGAGAGUUUAAGAGGCGUAAGCGAGGCGUGUUAAAGCCGGUCGGAACUGCAACUUGCUCGGGAGGGCACGGGCUCCGCAGGCACCAACUGCAAGGACCCCUCCCGCUGCGGGCGUUCCCAUGGCACAAUUCGCGUUCGAGAGUGACCUGCACUCGCUGCUUCAGCUGGAUGCACCCAUCCCCAAUGCACCCCCUGCGCGCUGGCAGCGCAAAGCCAAGGAAGCCUCAGGCCCGGCCCCCUCACCCAUGCGGGCCGCCAACCGAUCCCACAGCGCCGGCAGAACUCCGGGCCGAACUCCUGGCAAAUCCAGUUCCAAGGUUCAGACCACUCCUAGCAAACCUGGCGGUGACCGCUAUAUCCCCCAUCGCAGUGCUGCCCAGAUGGAGGUGGCCAGCUUCCUCCUGAGCAAGGAGAAUCAGCCUGAAAACAGCCAGACACCCACCAAGAAGGAACAUCAGAAAGCCUGGGCUUUGAACCUGAACGGUUUUGAUGUAGAGGAAGCCAAGAUCCUUCGGCUCAGUGGAAAACCACAAAAUGCGCCAGAGGGUUACCAGAACAGACUGAAAGUACUCUACAGCCAAAAGGCCACUCCUGGCUCCAGCCGGAAGACCUGCCGUUACAUUCCUUCCCUGCCAGACCGUAUCCUGGAUGCCCCUGAAAUCCGAAAUGACUACUACCUGAACCUUGUGGAUUGGAGCUCUGGGAAUGUACUGGCCGUGGCACUGGACAACAGUGUGUACCUGUGGAGCGCAAGCUCUGGUGACAUCUUGCAGCUUUUGCAAAUGGAGCAGCCUGGGGAAUAUGUAUCCUCUGUGGCCUGGAUCAAAGAGGGCAACUACUUGGCUGUGGGCACCAGCAGUGCUGAGGUGCAGCUAUGGGAUGUGCAGCAGCAGAAACGGCUUCGAAAUAUGACCAGUCACUCUGCCCGAGUGGGCUCCCUAAGCUGGAACAGCUAUAUCCUCUCCAGUGGUUCACGUUCUGGCCACAUCCACCACCAUGAUGUUCGGGUAGCAGAACACCAUGUGGCUACACUGAGUGGCCACAGCCAGGAAGUGUGUGGGCUGCGCUGGGCCCCAGAUGGACGACAUUUGGCCAGUGGUGGCAAUGAUAACUUGGUCAAUGUGUGGCCUAGCGCUCCUGGAGAGGGUGGCUGGGUUCCUUUGCAGACAUUCACCCAGCAUCAAGGGGCUGUCAAGGCCGUAGCAUGGUGUCCCUGGCAGUCCAAUGUCCUGGCAACAGGAGGGGGCACCAGUGAUCGACACAUUCGCAUCUGGAACGUGUGCUCUGGGGCCUGUCUGAGUGCUGUGGAUGCCCAUUCCCAGGUGUGCUCCAUCCUCUGGUCUCCCCACUACAAGGAGCUCAUCUCAGGCCAUGGCUUUGCACAGAACCAGCUCGUUAUUUGGAAGUACCCAACCAUGGCCAAGGUGGCUGAACUCAAAGGUCACACAUCCCGGGUCCUGAGUCUGACCAUGAGCCCAGAUGGGGCCACAGUGGCAUCCGCAGCAGCAGAUGAAACCCUGAGGCUAUGGCGCUGUUUUGAGUUGGACCCUGCGCGGCGGCGGGAGCGGGAGAAGGCCAGUGCAGCCAAAAGCAGCCUCAUCCACCAAGGCAUCCGCUGAAGACUAACCCAUCACCUGUUGUUUUUUAUUUUUCUAAUAAAGUCAUGUCUCCCUUCAUGUUUUUUUUUU